AUGGACCCCAUCAAGUAUCAAUUCGAGAAGCCCACACUCACUGGGAGGGUUUCUAGAUGGCAAGUACUAUUAUCAGAGUACAAAAUCACCUAUGUCAGACAAAAGGCAAUCAAGGCCAACGCUUUGGCUGAUUAUCUAGCAAGUGGACCAACCGACAAACACCAUGCAAUAAAAGAUGACUUUCCUGAUGAAAAAGUGUUAGCUCUGAGAAAUGAAAAAGAAGGGAAAAUCAAGGAGGAAUCCAAGACCAUGUUCUUUGAAGGUGCCUCAAAUUUGAUGGUACAUGGGAUAGGAGCUAUACUAGUGUCGUCUCAAAGGAAGCACAUCCCAGUAACGACAAGACUAGAUUUCAACUGCACCAAUAACAUGGGCAAAUAUGAAGCCUGUAUAUUGGGCUUGCAUGCCAAACUCGACAACGACAUCACGAGAUUAAAAGUUUGUGGCGACUUGACUUUG